UCUGACCCCCAGAAUCGGCCCCGUUAGGCGGGAACUUUCAAUUACAUAGGAACUAUUAUUUGGGAGGCUCUUGUAUUCCACCCGGCGUCGUAAGCGGUUACACACUCGUCCAGAAUCUGGAUCUGCACGCCAUUGUAGGAAAUAGUUACUUUCUCAUUGUCGCCCAUUCAGUUUGAAGUAGCUAUCCCAGUUGGCUUUUUCCAGAGUUUAAUAACUACAGAAGAGACUGUCACACGAUGGCUACGGACUCCUGGGCCCAGGCGGUGGACGAGCAAGAAGCCGCGGCGGAAUCUAUCGGCAGCCUUCAAAUAAAAGAUAAACCAGAGGAAAAUGAGUACUUUACUUUAGGUCGGGCGGCAAACGCAACGGACUCCACCAGUGCAGCUGCAAAGUCAGAAGGAGAUAAACCUGCAGAUGAAGACGACAAAGACGACAAAGCGGCACAGUCGUUGUUAAACAAGCUGAUACGAAAUAAUCUCGUCAAUACAACAAAUCAAGUGGAAGUCCUUCAGAAGGAUCCCAACUCCCCGCUCUACUCGGUCAAGUCCUUUGAAGAGCUGCGGCUCAAACCGCAGCUGCUUCAGGGAGUGUACGGCAUGGGUUUCAACCGGCCCUCCAAAAUCCAGGAAACUGCCUUACCUAUGAUGCUGGCUGAGCCUCCACAGAAUCUGAUUGCUCAGUCGCAGUCAGGAACAGGGAAAACCGCUGCCUUUGUCCUGGCCAUGCUCAGCCACGUAGACCCCAACAACAGAUACCCCCAGUGCCUGUGUGUGUCACCCACUUAUGAGCUGGCGCUUCAGACUGGCAAGGUGAUCGAGCAGAUGGGCAAACAUUAUCCCGAGGUCCAGCUAGUCUACGCCAUUAGAGGAAACAAAUUGCAGCGGGGAAUGAAACUGCAGGAACAGAUAGUUAUUGGCACACCUGGCACCAUGCUGGACUGGUGCAGUAAAUUCAAGUUUAUAGACCCCAAGAAGGUCAAAGUCUUUGUGCUGGAUGAGGCUGACGUCAUGAUCGCCACACAGGGCCACCAGGACCAGAGUAUCCGCAUCCAAAGGAUGCUGCCAAAAAACUGCCAGAUGUUGCUGUUCUCAGCCACGUUUGAAGAGUCGGUGUGGAACUUUGCUCAGCGCAUUGUGCCUGAUCCCAACAUCAUCAAGCUGAAGAGAGAGGAGGAGACUCUGGACACCAUCAAACAGUACUAUGUGCUGUGCAACUGCAAGGAGGAGAAGUUCCAAGCCCUGUGUAACAUCUACGGAGCCAUCACCAUUGCCCAGGCCAUGAUCUUCUGCCAUACAAGGAAGACUGCAGGCUGGCUGGCUGGGGAGCUGUCCAGAGAAGGCCACCAGGUGGCGCUGCUCAGCGGAGAGAUGCAGGUGGAGCAGAGGGCCGCCGUCAUCGAGCGCUUCAGAGAUGGAAAGGAGAAGGUCCUGGUCACUACGAAUGUUUGUGCUCGAGGCAUCGACGUGGAGCAGGUUUCCGUGGUGAUCAACUUUGACCUGCCGGUCGACAAGGACGGUAACCCUGACAACGAGACGUACCUGCACAGGAUCGGACGCACGGGCCGAUUCGGGAAAAGGGGCCUGGCCAUCAACAUGGUGGACAGCAAGAUGAGCAUGAACAUCCUAAACAGGAUCCAGGAGCAUUUCAAUAAAAAAAUCGAAAAACUAGACACAGAUGAUCUGGAUGAAAUUGAGAAAAUUGCCAGCUAAAGGAAACGACGUGAUCGCACGAAGGAAGAUGGCCCAGCGUCCCCUUCCCUUCUUCGCUUUCUAAGGACUGUACGCUCCUACAGUGUUUUAUGCUUUUAUUUUUAUUUUUUAGCUGUUGGAGAAAAGAGCAAAACCACAGACACAGCAUAUGUUUACAUGUGGAUAUGUCUCCUCUCAGACAAGUGUUUUUUGUAAGUCUCUGGAACGUGACCCAAUUUCACCUCUUUGUACCUCUUUAAAUAAAGUCUAUGAGUUCACUGCUGUGUGCUGUGAUGCAGCAAAAGCUGACAUUUUUAAAAGCGUCGGCUGCCAACGGCGGCAUGAUACUGAACAGUUUGCAAAGAGAUUCACAAAGACCCUAAAAAUAGAAAAAAAAAUAAAAAUAAAAUAACCAUUUAUGUGCCACAAAGUUUUUCAUUUUAAAAGACACAAAGUAUCACUGAAUGUAACCGUAUCAUGUGGACCGUUGCAGCUUUUAAUGUUACUACUACCAAAAUGAAUUCAAAGGGUGAAGUUGGGUUUCUCUGUUCCGAGUUGGUAGUUUAUUCAUUGAGAUGCGUAUGUUUUUGAAAUGGUGAUGAUUUGGGGUUCAAGGGUCUAUGCAAAACUUAUCAACCUGUGAUAGCUAUUGUCAAAUACUAUCAAACAUAUAUUCACAUGGGAAAUAAUAAUAAUUAAUCCUGAAAUAACCUCAGUUUUUAGCAUCAGGGUGUGUAGUCAAAUGCCAAAAAAAAAAAAAAAAAAAGGCUGCCUAGAGUGAUAAUACACUAACUCCGAGUCAUUGACAUUUAGAUGUUUCUGUGUUUAGCCAGUAAAAGCAAUCAUCAGCCGACAACACGUCUCACACGCAUGCUAUUAAUAUCAUUUUAAAAAACACCACAAUGACCAUUAUCAGGGCGGGCUUGGCGCUACGGCUGAGCAUUAAUCAUUCAUCUUUUUUCUUUUUUUUUCUCCCCCUUUCUCCUUCAUAUUCCUCAUAAAAUCUAAUUUUAAUUCAAAAAAUGUGGCCGUUACGGUCCGAUGUGAUCUGUUUUCUUUUUGUCUCGCUGUCCCACACAAUCUUUUCAAUCAGGGUCUCCGGUUUGAAUUUUUUUUUUUUUUUUUUUUAGCUCAGCUGCAUUCUUCACCCAGACUGUGCUGUUAUUAUAAGGAUUGUGAGUUGUAAAAAACAAAAACAACAAAAAAAAAGAAACACAUGCCUUCCUCAAGUGCAUUAUAUAUAUAUAUAUACAUACGAUUUUGUUAUUGAUAUGCUAAGACAUUGGGCUUAACAUUCUGACUAACACUUGAAAUUUUGAUGAUAUAUUGAACAAUGGGCGUCUCUAGGAUGUGUGAAUUCUCUUUUGAAACCAAAUGGUGAAUUGACUUGAGGACCUAUGCUAAUCAGAUUCACUGUGUUGCUCCAACAUGGUCGCGUGAAUAGUGAAAACAUGUACUUGUGUACAUAUUUAAAAUUUUAUGUUAAAGAAAUAGUACUGAAUUAUUGAGUUUGUCACUUCUAAGAAGUGCAAAAAAAAAAAAAAAAAGAAGAAAAAAAAAAACAUUCCUCAUGAGGUUCAAUUGUGACACGCAGCACUUCUAAUACAGACGAGAUGAAAUCCGCUAACCUCGCAUCAGUUGGGUGACUGCACAACAAAAUCACGGAAAGCGUGCGGUGUCUUGAUAUUCGAUCGGGGCGCUGGGGCAUCAAAACCAGCGACUGGUCAGCCUGAACCUCCUUCAAACCUCAUCUGGCUCCCAGCGGCACAGACGACGAGCCUGCCGGUGGUUGUCCAGGUUUUAAAUGGACUGUUUAUGGACAAGCUUGCUGAAAAUUACUCCGUGAACAGAUGCAGCCAAAUUAGUAAGCAAGUGACAUUGUGCAGAGAAUCCACAAGGACAGUCUGUGAGGACUUUUGGGUAAAGAGGCGGUGUAUGCAGUUUUAUUUGGAUGUAUACGUUUUAUCAGUGAGAGCGUGUGCACUUUGUUGAUCCAUAAUGUAACGCCACUGUACGAGCGCCGUGGACACAAAGCAGUUUUUUUUUUUUGGCUCUGGAACUUGCCACUCUUUCCCCACAUGUUGUAUACCCCCGUCUGAUGAUUUUAAGAACCUACAGAAUCCAGUUCAUAAAUGUAUACAUUGCCUAUUAAGAUUUAAAGCAAGUUGUCUGUUGUAACCUGAAGGUCAUGUGUAGACAAUGAUAGGCUCAAAGUGUGUGAUCUUCUGUAGCUGAGCUGCGUUCAUGGACACAGUUAUGUAUUCUUAAUAUGUUGAAUUAAAAGAACAUGUAGAUGUUCAUCUGUA